CCGGCGCUGGCGUCCCGGGGAUCCUAAUUUAGAAGUUUGGGCUUUGCGCUGUCCGAAUUGGCUAGACAGCUGUAAUCGCACUCGCUGCCCGUCGUAAUCUCUUUAUCUGGCUAGCAGCUGCCAUAUGGCCCCCGUCAGCUGGAUCAGAUGUGGAUAAGCCCCCCCCGCCACCCCCGCCCUCCCCCGACCGCCUUCCUUGCUGUUCGGGCCGGGACCGGUCCAUGCCUGCGUCUUUAUUUUUAGGCAUCUUAAGGAUUAGGAUUGAUGCUGUGACGAGCGGGGCACUUACAGUGAUUGUCUUGUAAAUCUUCUUCUUCUUCUUCUUCUUCUUCCUCGGCGUCUUCUGGGCAGAGGAGGAGGAGGAGGAGGAGGAUGUGCAAAGGGUUUUCUCGUAAGACCGCGUCUCGGGAGCAUGUGGAGAGGAGGGGCUAGUUCACCCUUGUCCUCAUAAGCCCCCCCCCCCUCACCCCCACUCCCUCCCCCCAUUACACACACCCUCCCCUGCCCCUCAUUAAAAGUCGCGCACACACCGCACACACACUCGUCCAUUCUUAGCGAGGCUUCAUUCAAAUGAGGCCAUUUGAGCGUUCGGGCUAACGAGCGGCGCGAGAAAAGCCAGCGAGCGGGCGGGCGGGCGGGCGGCAAGCAGGCAGGCAUGUAUUUUCUCAGGCGGCACAAAGCGACGUGGCUAACAGGUUAUGAGGACAGCAGGAUGGAGUUCCCCGAGCACAGCCGGCAUCUGCUGCGGUGUCUGAGCGAGCAGCGGCACCAGGGCUUCCUGUGCGACUCCACCGUGCUGGUGGGCGAGGCGCAGUUCCGCGCGCACCGCGCCGUGCUGGCCUCGUGCAGCAUGUACUUCCACCUCUUCUACAAGGACCAGCUGGACAAGCGCGACGUGGUGCAGCUCAACAGCGACAUCGUGACGGCGCCGGCCUUCUCGCUGCUGCUGGAGUUCAUGUACGAGGGCAAGCUGCGCUUCCAGGACCUGCCCGUGGAGGACGUGCUGGCCGCCGCGUCCUACCUGCACAUGUACGACAUCGUCAAGGUCUGCAAGAAGCGGCUCAAGCGCCAGGCGGCGGACGGCCGGGCCGACGCCGACAAGGCCGACAGCCCGUCGGAGGGCUCGGCGGGCCCGCCCGACGACGACGACGACGACGAGGAGGAGGAGGACGAGGGCAAGGCGGGGGCGCCGUGGCUGAGGAUGCCCGAGAGGCCGGCGACGCCCGCCAGCCCGUGCCGCGGCGAGGCCGAGCUCAAGGCCGCCUCGCCCGGCGCCAGCCCGUCGGGCUCGGGCGGGUCGCCGUCGCGGGGGUCGCGGCGCUCCGCCGGCUCGCGGGGCCGCCUGGACGGCGCCGACUGCGUCCUGGACCUGUCGGUCAAAGCGCCGGCCGGCCUCAACCACCAAAGCUACUCGGGCGGCGGCAGCCCGCCGGCCGUCAGGGUGAAGGUGGAGAGGGCCGCGGCGUCGGACGAGGACGAGGACCCGCUGGCGGCCGGCGACUACGAGAUGGAGCACAGCGGCGGCAAGGCGGCGGCGUUGGCGACCGGUCACGGCGCCGGCCCCCCCCUGUCGGCCCAGCGGCGCCUGGGCCUGGAGGCCCACCUGUCGGCCCUGCGCGAGGCCUCGCUGGCCUCGGAGCUGGAGCGCGAGGACAAGCCGCCUGGCGAGGAGGCCCCCCCGGCCGACGGCGGCCUGCCGCCCUACGUGUCCAACAUGCUGGCGGCGCCCCACGCGCAGAUCUUCAUGUGCCCGCUGUGCAACAAGGUCUUCCCCUCGCCGCACAUCCUGCAGCUGCACCUGAGCUCGCACUUCCGCGAGCAGGAGGGCGCCCGCGCCAAGCCGGCCGCCGGCGACGUCAACGUGCCCACCUGCGCCAUCUGCAGCAAGACCUUCUCCUGCAUGUACACGCUCAAGCGCCACGAGCGCACGCACUCGGGCGAGAAGCCCUACACGUGCGCCACCUGCGGCAAGAGCUUCCAGUACUCGCACAACCUCAGCCGCCACGCCGUGGUGCACACGCGCGAGAAGCCGCACGCCUGCAAGUGGUGCGAGCGCCGCUUCACGCAGUCGGGCGACCUCUACCGCCACAUCCGCAAGUUCCACUGCGAGCUGGUCAACUCGCUGGCGGUCAAGAGCGAGCCGCUGCCGCUGCCCAACGUCAGGGACUGGGCCAUCGAGGACGGCUCGCAGGAACUCUGGAAGUAGACGCCCCACCAUCCCACCCCCGCCGCCGCUUCGCAAAAUGUCUCGCAACGGUACCGCCGGGUCCUUAUUCCCGCCCUGCCCGAAAUUCAUCAGGUCAAACCGUCCGGGCGGUCACGCGGCGACCCCCGCCCCUCCGUUUCCAGGCCAGAUUUGAACAAAUCGGCCGAGCGUACCUUUUGUUUGUUGCGACGCUCGAGCGGUAACCAAAGCGCCGCCGCUGAACGCCGUGUUUGGCCGCCGUUGUUCCUUGACGCCCGUUUCUGGGGAAGCGCAAAUGGGCGGCGGGACUUCCCCCGCGUGUCAACUCCGCGUCGACUUUGAAAAUGUAUUUGCGCGGCUCCGUUGUACCCGAGGCCAUCUGGCGGCAAUCUCCCGCCUGCCGGCGCGCGCGACGGCCUAACCCGAGCGAGCUACGCGGCCGGACGGCCGUCAAGAAAUUUGCGUUGUCGGCUGACUUGCGGCGCUCGGGGAGGCGCCUUUGAAAGCCACGCGAGUCUUGCACUUUACUAGCACAUGAACACAAGUUACUACUGACUUUUCUUUUCUUUUCUUCUUUUUUUCCUCUCGCAUUCUCAAUGUGGCGGAAGGUCCGGCCUUUCCAUUUUUCAUUUCUGUCUUUCAUCUCACCGCUCGACAGGCAAGACACUCAACAGGUAUCCGCACUUGGGAGAUGUGUGUGUGUGUGCGUGCGUGUGUGUGAUUUUCCAGCGGCAAGGCGGCGCCAUUAGCCUGUUCAGGGAGCGACUGACAAAAUGAAACUCAUGCAAUGCACAGCCUCCUUUUCUUCUUCUUCUUAUUUCGAUGACUAAUUUUCAAUCGGCCUGAAGUCUUUUCUAGCAUUGGACAAAUGAUUACUGAGGAAUCUUUUUUCUUCAAUGUAGCCGGCAGUCCUUGUGUGAAGAAAAGUAUCUUUCAUUUCAGGUUCUUUUUUUUUUCUCACCAGCUUUUGUUUCAAAUCAGUACCGGUGAUGAUGAUGAUGGUGAUCAAUCAUUUUAUAGGAUUUUAUUUUCUCUUUUUAACCUCCUGUUGCAUGACGUCUACGCUUGUACAUUUGAAGAUUUUUUUUUUCUUGAAGACAAUAAUGUGAAUUUGCUGUAUUACUGUACACAUUGUUAUUGAUCAAAUUUGGUCUUUUGUUUUUUUUUUUAUGAAUAUGCUACUACUGCUCCAGGGUGAAGCCAAGCUGACCAUGACUGGCGGGGAGGGGGAAAAAACGCAUGCAUGGGAUUUUGUCGGAAAAAGUUGGCAAUUUGUGGCCGGGAAGCUCUUGAAGCCGGCGUGUGUGUGCACUGAUCUCGGCUGUUUUUGUGCGUGUGUGUGUGCGCGCGCGCGCGUGUGUGCAAGCGUGGAAACGACAAGCACCUUUUUAAGUUAUAAAAAAAACAACAAAAACAUGAAAUUGCGUGCUGAAAAAGAUGCCUUUCAACUCCAUCUUUGCGACUCAACAUGUCUAUUGGAAAAAAAUAAGAAUCUGUUUGGGAAAAUGUCACGGCAUUGUCCAAAUCAAAUCUACCAGAGCGGAUUUUUAAAACGUUGUUUGUGAUUUUUUAAAAAUUAUAUAUAUAUACAGGUGUAUAUUUGUUUCUAUUUGGGAGAUGGAGCUCGGUUUGGAAUCGUCAAACGUCUCAUGCAAUCCCCCCAAAAUAAAGAGUUGCUGAAUGCUUCAUCGCCCCUAAGCGCGCGUGUGUAUGUGCGCGCGUCCGUGCACGGCCCGCCCGCCCAUUCAUCCAACCUGCUGCAGUUUGCGUCAUCACUGCUGUUUUUUUUUAAUUUUUAUUUAUUGUAAUAUUUCUGGUUGUACUCGAGCGCCUUAAACUGCUGUAGUCCAGGCUGAUUGUUGCUCUGAUUUUCUUUCGGAAUGAUUAUUAUUCAUAUUAUUAUUAUUUUAAUUUAAGCGUAUUUGUAAUAAUUUAUUUGCGAGUGUCAGGCUGUGAACAAACCACAGUCGGACCUUUUUGCUGUGUUUACUUGAAAACGAGACGGGUGCGGGUGCUCUUCUUUUGAUGUUCAUGAAAUCAACAUUUCGAAAAACGUCUUUUAUGAGGAACGGGAAAAUAAGGACAAUCACCAUCUUGCGGGGUCAAAACAGGCCGAUUUUUUUUUCAGAUCGAAUCGCUCCCUUGUUGAGAGGAAAAUGUGUUUAUUUUAGUGGGGGUUUUUUUUCAAUUCGUUUGAAAUGGAGAUGUAGUCAGUUUUAGCUUUGACAAUCAUCGUUUGUUUUUCUCAUAGGGGAGUCGAUUCGAAAUGCGUUUCGUUUUUGUCAUUUCCGGUGUGCUGUUGGCGUUUUUCAAUUGUGUGCAAACUGCAAUAAAUGAAAAGAUUCUUCGAUGGA